AUGUCUCUUCAAGAGCCAUCUGGUCCCCCACAACAAAAUGUAACAAUGGUGGCUGUUGACAAAGGCAAGAGCAGUGCAUAUGCUUUUCGUUGGGCCAUUAGAUGUAUCGAUAAUCCUAUCAUUAUUGCUGUCCAUGUUAAAAACAAAAAUUUACUUAACCAGGGCACAAAUGUUUAUCCACCAGAUGAAGACGAAGUAGCUCAAAUUUUCAAUAACUUACGUGCAUUGUGUCCAAGUAAAAUGGUCACCAUGAAAGAAGUUGUAGUUGAUGAUCAAGAUGUUGUGAAAGGACUAUUAGAUUUUGCAAACAGAAAUCUCGUACAUAGUCUUGUUAUUGGUGCAUCAACUAAGAACCUUAUGCCAAGUCUAAAAAAAUUUAAAGCCUCUCAAGAUAUACCAACAAGCAUAAUCAAAUCAGCACCAGGUUAUUGCUCUGUGUACAUAAUUUCCAAAUUGAAGAUUGUAUCAACUCGACCCGCGGUACGAGAAAUAGGAAACCAGAUUAUUCCAACAAAACAAUUAGCUGUUCAAGUAUCCCCUGAAUUUGAAAGUGGAAUAAGGUCAAUACAACCUAGAACUAGUGGCACUAAUGAAGGAUCAGAAUCAAGGUCUUUUGAUAGCAUUAGUACGGUAAAAGGACCGGCACGUGACAGGCCGAGGAGUGCAGGAAGUAAUCAAUCAAUGGACAACAUUGAUCCAUCUGGUGGUCGUGGAAGACAUUGGGCAUCAAUGGACGAAAGAGAAAUUGCAGCACUCGGGCCAAUUGUCGAUGUAAACAGGCAUGAAUUGUAUCUAAUAGAUUCCUUUGGGACACAUCCAACCUCGCACACCUCGAAAGAACUUGAAGCUGAGAUGAAAAGAUUGAGGCUUGAAUUGAAGCAAACUAUGGACAUGUACAGCUCAGCUUGCAAACAAGCAAUAUCAGCAAAAAAUCAGGCAGAACAAAUUCGUAGAUGGAAAGAGGAAGAGGGACGAAAGGUUGUGGAAGUUAGGUUAUCUCAGGAGGCAGCUCUAGCAAUAGCAGAAAGGGAGAAGGCUAAAGCCAAAGCUGCAUUGGAAGCAGCAGAGGAAGCCAAGAGGAAGGCUGAACAGGAGGCACAAAGAAGAAAGGAGGCAGAGAUGAAGGCUAGGAAAGAGGCAGAAGAGAGGAAUAAAGUAUUGAAUGCAUUGGCUCAAAAUGAUAAUCGAUAUAGAAAAUACACUAUGAUGGAGAUUGAAGUUGCUACCGAGAGAUUCUCACCAUCAAAGAAACUAGGUGAAGGUGGAUACGGACCUGUGUUUAAAGGUCACCUUCAUCACACACCAGUUGCAGUCAAACUCUUAAAUCCUGAAGCUGCUCAAGGCAGGAAGCAAUUCAACCAAGAGGUUGAGGUACUAAGCAGUAUUAGACAUCCAAAUAUGGUCCUCCUCCUUGGAGCAUGUCCUGAGCAUUGUUGUUUGGUGUAUGAGUACAUGGAAAACGGUACCUUAGAAGAUAGAUUAUUUCGGAAAAAUAACUCUAAGCCUCUAUCAUGGCAAAAAAGGUUCAAAAUAGCAGCUGAGAUUGCAACUGCACUUCUUUUCCUUCACCAAACAAAGCCAGAGCCAAUCGUGCAUCGAGACCUUAAACCAUCAAACAUUUUGUUAGACAAAAAUUACGUGAGCAAAGUCGCUGAUGUCGGUCUCGCAAGAUUAGUUCCUCCUUCUGUAGCUGACAGCGUGACACAAUAUUACAUGACUUCAGCUGCUGGAACAUUUUGUUAUAUUGAUCCCGAGUAUCAACAAACAGGAAUGUUAACACCAAAAUCAGAUAUAUAUUCAUUAGGGAUAAUGCUACUGCAGAUAAUCACAGCCAGGCCUCCUAUGGGACUUUCUCAUCAUGUUAAAAGGGCAAUUGAAAAGGACCAGUUUUCAGAGAUUCUUGAUUCUGCGGUGACUGAUUGGCCAGUUGAAGAGGCUCUAUCAUUUGCAAAAUUAGCAUUGAAUUGUGCAGAACUCUGCAAGAAAGAUAGGCCAAAUCUUGCAUCAGUUGUGCUUCCAGAGCUUAAUAGAUUAAGAGGCCUUGGAUUUAAUGAUAAUCAAGUUUUUACUGAUACUAAGAAUAAUAGCCAUUCACUACGACCUCCUAUGCCUACCUGAAAUCAAUUGUUGAAGGCCGUCCGUAGGAUCAGCUAGAUUUUUAUCCAUCAUGUAGAGAGUAUUGAAAAUAAAAUCGACACUAUUCAGAUUUAUCAAUGUAUUUUCAACCUGAGAGCCAAUCUCAAUGCAUAGUUUUCUAUAAUAGUAGCUAUUUUGUUCUUAAAUAAAAUAAUAUGGAUUUGAUUUUGACCAACUGGGAGGAAAUAUCUAAGGAAAAUUUUGUAGAAUUCGGACAUAGUACGAAGAAAGGAAUUCAGAAAACCAAAUAUGAAAAUCGAAAAGGAAGUAAAUUGUGAAGUGCAUAACAUGGAAUGUGAAGCAGGUAUUUUGUAUAUACUUGGUUGGAUUGAUAUUGUAAUUUUUAUUUAUUUUUUAACUCAAAUUGUAAUAUUUAAAAGCUAAACAUUACUCUCAAUGUCUCCCAUCAUCAAAAGAGCUAUAGAUAGAUGCAAAUAAUUUGUACGUACGAGGGAAUCAAACAAA